CCUACUGUACAGUGUAAGGCACUGUAAAGGGCUGGCCCACAUUCCAUUAAAACAAGUUCCACUGGUUUGGUUUUCGGUGCCAGAGUCACAACAGCUUGUUAGUGAAGAGAUCAACGUAACCCACAGAAAAGUCAUUAAAUCCAAAAUGAGUCUUUCUGGGGUGCAGGACAAAGAGAAAGAUCAAAGUCUGAUGGAGGUUGAGAGAUCAGACUCACCUGAACCGAGUCAUGUGUCUAUGAGCCGGUCAAUGAACCCUCCAUAUAACCUGAGAGAUAAAGACGAUUCUACUGAUCUAGGUGUGUUUCCUGGUCUGAUGGAGGUUGAGAGAUCAGACUCACCUGAACCGAGCCAUGUGUCUAUGAGCCGGUCAAUGAACCCUCCAUAUAACCUGAGAGAUAGAGACGAUUCUACUGAUCUGAGAACGCAAAAGGAGGAAUCAAGAGUAAUCAGCAUAAAUCAACUGAAAUCGUUACUCAAGGAUCUGGAGCACCAAGCCAUCACUCUGCUGAAGAAUGAGCUGGACAAGUUCGGCACACUACUGAGUCCAGAUUACCCAGCAUGCCCUGAGAGGGAAGUGGAGGAUGAGGAGGACCAGAGCCCUGUCAGAGAGGGUGCACUGAAGAUCACACUGCAUGUCCUAAAUAAGAUGAACCAUUCAGACCUCGCCAACACAUUGCAGACCAGGCUGGAAUCUGAGAUUCCUAGAAACUUUAAAUCCAGACUGAGAGAGAAAUGUAAAAGAAUUAAUGAAGGAAUCUCACAGCCUGGAAGCUCAGCACUUCUGAAUGAGAUCUACACAGAGCUCUACAUCACAGUUGGCUGGAGUGGAGACGUCAAUAAUGAACAUGAGGUGAGACAGAUUGAGACAGCGUCCAGGAGACCAGCAACACAGGAGACACCCAUCAAAUGUAAUGAUCUCUUUAAAGACGAGUCCAUCAGAAGAGUGCUGACUAAAGGAGUUGCUGGAAUUGGAAAAACAGUCUCUGUGCAGAAGUUCAUUCUGGACUGGGCUGAAGGAAAAGCAAAUCAGGACGUCACCUUCAUGUUUCCACUUCCCUUUAGAGAGCUGAAUCUGAUGAAAGAGAAAAAAACCAGUCUUAUAAAGCUUCUUCGUUACUUCUUCCAAGAAACAAAAGAAUUGCCAUUAAUAAAUUGUAAUGCCUGCAAAGUCCUGUUCAUCUUUGAUGGUCUGGAUGAGUGUCGCCUUCCUCUAAAUUUCCAGAAGAAUGAGAGAUUGUGUGAUGUGACAGAGUCAGCCUCAGUGGAUGUGCUGCUGACGAACCUCAUCAAGGGGAAUCUGCUUCCCUCUGCUCUCCUCUGGAUCACCUCUCGACCAGGAGCAGCCAAUCAGAUCCCUCCUGAGUGUGUAGACCAGGUAACAGAGAUACGAGGGUUCAGUGAUCCUCAGAAAGAGGAGUACUUCAGGAAGAGGAUCAGUGAUCAGAGCCUGGCCAAUAAAAUCAUCAGACACGUGAAGAUUUCAAGAAGCCUCUACAUCAUGUGCCACAUCCCAGUCUUCUGCUGGAUCUCAGCCACUGUUCUAGAGAGAAUGUUGGGUGAAGCAGAGAGUGGAGAGAUCCCCAAGACUCUGACUCAAAUGUUCACACACUUCCUGAUCUUUCAGAUCAAACACAAGGACCAAAAGUAUCAUGGAAAAUAUGGCCCUGAUCCUCAGCAGACCAGAGAGAGUAUCCUGGCACUGGGAAAACUGGCUUUCCACCAGCUGGAGAAAGGAAACCUGAUCUUCUAUGAGGAAGACCUGAGAGAGUGUGGCAUUGAUGCCAGAGAAGUGUCAGUGUACUCAGGAGUGUGUACCCAAAUCUUCAGAGAGGAGUUUGGGCUUCACCUGGGGAAGGUGUUCAGCUUUGUACAUCAGAGUGUUCAGGAGUUUCUGGCUGCUUUAUACACAUUUCUGACCUUCAUCCUAAAAAACAAAAAUGUGAUAGGGGAGGAAAGAACUGGGAUUUUUUAUCGCUUUAAAAAACCAAACAUGAUUGACCCUCUGAAGACUGCAGUGGACAAGGCCGUACAGAGUGAGAACGGACAUCUGGACCUGUUCCUCCGCUUCCUUCUGGGUCUCUCAGUCGAGUCUAAUCAGACUCUCUUACGACGCUUAAUACCACAGACAGGGAACAGCUCUAAUAUCAAAGAGGAUAUAGUCAACUAUCUCAAGAGGAAGAUCAGGGAGAAUCCUUCUCCAGAGAAAUCCAUCAAUCUGUUCCACUGUCUGAAUGAAAUGAAUGAUGAUUCUCUGGUGAAAGAAAUACAAACUUACCUGAACAGAGGAGGUAAAAGUGCACUCAGUGGAGCCUGUCUUUCUCCUGCUCAGUGGUCAGCUCUGGUGUUUGUAUUACUGAACUCACAAGAGGGACUAGAGGAGUUUGACUUGACAAAAUAUCACCCAUCGGAGGAGUGUCUUCUGAGGUUGCUGCCGGUGGUUAAAGAAUCAGUCAAAGCUGUACUGUGUUGGUGUGAUCUGACAGAGGAAAGCUGUAGAGUUCUGUCCUCAGUACUCAGUUCAAACUCCUCCAGACUGAGAGAACUGGACCUGAGUUACAAUAACCUGCAGGAUUCAGGAGUGGAGCUGCUCUCUGCUGGACUUCAGAAUCCACACUGUACACUGGAGACACUGUGGCUGUGUAAAUGUAAUCUCACUGAGGAAAGUUGUAGAGUUCUGUCCUCAGUUCUCAGUUCUGACUCCUCCAGUCUGAAAGAACUGAACCUAAGUGGCAAUGAACUGCGUGAUUCAGGAAUGAAGCUGCUCUCGGUGGGACUGAAGAAUCCACAAUGUAAACUGGAGAGACUCUGGCUGCGUUCAUGUAAUCUAGAAAAGGAAAGCUGUGCAAUUCUGUCCAAAGUUCUCAGUUCUAAAUCCUCCAGUCUGAGGGAACUGCAUCUGAGGGGCAAUAACCUGCAGGAUUCAGGAGUGAAGCUGCUCUCUGAGGGACUGCAGAAUCCACACUGUACACUGAAGACACUGGGGUUGGUAGGGUGCAAUAUCACAGAUGAAGGAAUUGUAGCUCUGGUUUCAGCUCUGAGGUCAAACACCUCAUCACAGCUGAAAGAGCUGGAUCUGUAUGGCAAUAAACAAGGAGACCCAGGAGUGAACCUGCUGAACGAUCUACUGCGGGACCGAAACUGUAAACUGGACAGUUCAGAUGCCACCAGAGACACCACCAUAGGAACACCACUGAGCAGCUCUUCUUUGGCAUCCAGACAUAGCCUGUAAAGGUUGGUGACCUGGACAGGAAUCAAACGCUGGUUGUGAUGGUAAAGACCCAACAACUUAACCACUGCUCAACAGGCUAGGCUGGACUCGACUGCAGAGAAACUUCCAGAGACAGAGAUGGAGGAAUUAAAUAAUAAAAUCUUUACUUCUGAAAGAUUCACCAAAAGGGCAAACAGGGAUACAAAACAACAA